UUUUUGGAACAUGGGCCAAUUAUGCGCAGAACGGCAGUAGGUACCUUCACUCAAUCCGUAAGACGCCGGCUGCAGCUCGCAACACGAUGAUCCGCGACCACCCUACGACCGCAUGAUACCUAUACUCCGGGCCAGCUUGCAGCGCCCAGCUCAGCUGUUGUUGUUGUUCUUCGAGGGGAUUUCGUUCCACGUUCGGAGCGCCGAAGUCAACGUGUGCCGCACGGGACCUGCAGUCUAGUGCGGAUGUUCGACCGUGCAGCACGGCAACACGGCAAAGUAGGUAGAAGUAGUAGGUGAAGAGUGCGCGAGUGGUUGUUUUGGUCUUCGAUCCACCACAAUGCAGGCCGACAUCAAUCAAAUGUUCAUCGAGCACGACAUCGUUCCGGUGUUAAUCGACAAGGCUCCGUUGGUGUUUGCUAAGGUUGCCUAUCGUUCGAAACUGCUGGUCGAAGCGGGGAAGGAGCUUACUCCGACCGAAGUGCGUGAUGCUCCCAAGGUCGAGUGGGACGCCGAUCCCGUUGUUUUUUACACCCUGGUGAUGAUUGACCCAGAUUCUCCGAGUAGGACCGAGCCACUGAACCGGGAGUUUGCCCACUGGUUGGUCGGCAACAUUCCAGGCAAACACGUCGAGCAAGGAGAGGUUCUGUUUGAGUACAUUCCUAUAUUCCCGAGAUCUACAACCGGUCUUCAUCGGUACAUAUUCCUGCUGUACCAGCAGAACUGCCGCAACGACUACUCCGAAGCACCUCGGGCCUCCAGGAAGAAUCGAACUCCAAGGGUGUGCUUCUCAACGCGUAACUUCGCCCGCCGUUACAGUCUGGGUCGUCCGAUCGCUGGCAACUUUUUCAUCGCCCAGUUUGACGAAUACGUCCCGAUCAUUCUGCGACAGUUCCCCGCAUCCGACGAUUUCUAACCAGAGUUCAAGCCUCUACAUAUCAAGUGACGUACACCUCAGUCUCAUGCAUGUAUGACGUUGUGUGAUUGAAGAGAGCAAAAGAAGGUCGCGUGUGGAUUCGAUCGAAACAAAAACAAACCGACGACGAGAGAGCGUUCGUUUUUCUGUUUUUGUUUGCAUUUUGAUGUGAGCAUUCGUUGCGUUUGAAUUUGAAUGUGUUGUGGUUGUGUUCGCGGGGUCAGUUUUUAGGUUUCGGAUGACGAAACGGAGCAGCAGCAGAACAUAGGGGAGAUUUCGUCGAGUGCGUGACAAAGAAGUGUCCUCGCCGUGAUUAGGUGGCGAUCAGCUACAUAAAGGUGAAUGAUGAUGAUUACUGACGUCGACCUUAUCAGUGACGACGACAAACAACUCAGGAGAAAAGUGCGAAGCUCUCGAUAAGACAAGGGAAUAAGUGUUUUUAAAUAUAGGGUGGUUCUUCUUGUGAA